CUCCUGCUCCAGUGGAUUUGACAGGAGCCAACAGUUCAGCACAACACCACUUUCAGGAAACUAGAAGUUAGGUGUCGGACCUGUAACUUGUAGUAGAAGUUAGACAUAUUCACGUUGAGUUAAAACAUACAACUGUUGAAUAACCACAGUAUUGAUACAUGUGUAGGUAGACGGUGAUAAUGUUGGACCCUGCGGGAGGAUGAUGAAGAAGAGAUUGUGGCGAGUUAUGUCAGCGUGCCUACUUGUGUUAUUACUGUGUUGGCACCCCACUAAAUAUGUUAGCUGCACAGAGCAACCCCCAGAGGCUCAGACCCAGAGUCUGAAGGAAGAUCCUGGCGACAGGUCCCAUCACAAGGGUGUUGUUCAGUUAGAGGAUGGCUGGGGGUCACAGUAUGUCCAGCACCUAUCUGAAGAGGAGGUGCUGCCAGAGGGAGAGGAGGUGGAGACACAGCAGCGGGGCCUAGCAGAGGAGGAGGGGGCGGGGACUCCAAGCACUGAGGUGGAGAACAAGGAGCAUGUUCAGACGUUGGACCUGGAGGAUUCUGAGAAGGAGCCAGAGACAGCAGAACCAGAGGCCGAGCCAGAGACAGCAGAACCAGAGGCCGAGCCAGAGACAGCAGAACCAGAGGCCGAGCCAGAGACAGCAGAACCAGAGACAGCAGAACCAGAGACAGCAGAACCAGAGACAGCAGAACCAGAGGCCGAGCAGCCACCUCCAGAGCCCGUUGUCACCCAAGAGCUGCAGCCAACACCCACCUCUGACCUAUUCCCUCUAUCCUCUGCCCUCAACCCCGUCACUGAAGACCCCUCCAUGCCCCAUGGCUCAUCCUCUAGUGUACCAGAGGAUACUUUGUCUGAUGUCCCUGUACCGGAAUUCAGCGAUACUGAUCUUGCCACAGACGACUGUGAAGCUGGAGAAACCAACCCCUUUGAUGAAUCCUGGACCUGCCUGAGUAGCGGCUCCAACAUCCAGGACCAGAGUCCCAGUCUUCCUGUUGUCCUGGAGAAACUUAACAACGCUCAAGGAAAAGGCACCAAGACCGACAACACCUCCCACAUGCUGAAAGAACGGGGCUUGAGCUCACACAUCGCCACGGAGAAGGAUCCUAAUGUGGCAACCAAGGAUGCGGAGGACAUCCCCACCUUUGACGAGUGGAAGAAGAAAAUUCUGGAGAAGGAGAACACUCUGGCCACUCACAUCUCCACCAACGGCGGCUCCCACGCUGUAAAGAAGGUGCAGAAGAACUUCAACAACUAUGCCUCAGUGGAGUGUGGCGCCAAGAUCCUGGGUUCUAACCCAGAGGCUAAGAGUACUUCAGCCAUAUUAAUGGAGAGCAUGGAUCAUUACAUGUUAAACCCCUGCAGCAACAAGAUCUGGUUCAUCAUCGAGCUGUGCGAUCCCAUCCAGGUGAAGCAGUUGGACAUUGCUAACUUUGAGCUCUUCUCCUCCACACCCAAAGACUUCCUGGUCUCCAUCAGUGACAGGUACCCGACCAACAAGUGGGUGAAGCUGGGCACUUUUCAUGCUCGGGAGGAGCGCACUGUUCAGAGUUUCCCUCUGGACGAGCACCUGUACGCCAAAUAUGUCAAGAUGUUCACCAAGUACAUAAAGGUGGAGCUGGUCUCUCACCAUGGAUCUGAACACUUCUGCCCCCUUAGUCUCAUAAGGGUUUUUGGAACGAGUAUGGUGGAGGAGUAUGAGGAGAUCGCUGACCCCCUGGACAGACCAGACGACCAGGAUGACGACCUCGAUUAUCCUCCUGGAUACGUUCCUGCAGAGGACAAGGCUUCAAAUGACCUCAUAGGAUCAGCCAAGGACGUCAUUCUGAACAUGGUGAACAACAUUAAAGUCAACGUGCUGGGAGGAGGACCAGGUGAAGGGAACUUCUCAGGCCAGACAGUGAACCUGACUGUCGUUACAUCAUCUGACCCUGACACCACCACCCUCAGCCCAGUGCCUGACGCUGUAGAGGUGGAGCAGCCUGAAGUACUAGAGGACCCUGAUGUCACUACCACAGAGGAACCCAAACCAGAGCAUGUAACUGAAGAGGAGCAGGUAGUCUCUCCUAUAGAGGAGGAGGAGGUCCAGUCUAUAGUCACCAUGCUGGAGGAGGAAGAGGAUGGGAGGGAGAGAGAGGAGCACCGUUGCCCUGGCCAUCGAGAGAAAGAAAGCCUUGACUACUGUGGCCCAUCUUCCUCCUCUUCUUGCUCCUGCUCAGCCUCCCUCCAGGAGUACCUCGUUCACCAGUGUUCCUUUCAGAGAAACUAUACCAGCCAGGAGAGGAAACCAGAGGCUACUCCAGCUCCAGUCACCCCCACCACCCCGUCACAGCAGCUGCCCAUCUCCCCCACGCCCACCCAGACACCCCAGCAUUCACACACUCAGGGGGAACAACCCCAGGAGAGAGAGCCCAGCUCUGCCCAUGGGGAGAGAGAAGCCAGGCCCACUGACACCCCACCACACCUUCCAUGGGUUGAGACUGAGGCAGUGGAAGAGGUAGAGCCCAGUAUGGAGCUGCCCCACCUAGAGCCCAGCCAGACCUCCACCCUGCCCAGACCCAGCUCCACCGACACCUCCAGCUCUGCCGCCAGGCCCACACCUGCCGUGGCGCCUCCACUCCACACCUUAUCCAAAGACCUGCCUGGGCAGAAGCACCCCAUCACUGGGGCAGAGAAAAGCCAGGAGGUGCAGCAGGGGGAGAUGAGGCAGCCUCUCACUGUCGCCAGCUCCAGUGACCCAGUGGAGCAGAGCUGGGGAACCCCUGUAGAGGAGAGGCCCUGUCCUGAAGUCCAGCCUGUAGAACAAGACAACAUCCCGGUCAUCCACCAACCACAUGUGGCUGAUCCACUCCCCCCACCCCUCCUCACUACCUCCACCCCCACAGAGCAGCAACAGCCUCUGGGAUCCCCACUUACACCAGCGGGUGCCGGCGGCGGCAACACUACUCCUGAGGAGCAGAACUCUGUCCCCGUCGUGGUCAUGACGGAGCCCCCCUCGCAUGGCCAUGGCCAGGCCGUGGCCACAGAAACCAAGGGGGAGGCGGAGCUUGUGGAGGACAUUGUCUUCACCCCGUCGCCCAAUGGCAACGGGCAGCAGCUGCCUCGCCCCACCUCCUUCCAGCCCCCCUCUCCUUCCCCUUUAGACUUCUAUGCAGAGCUCCACAACGCCACUGAGCAGUGGAACGGGAACCCGAUGCACGGCUCCACCAGCCAGAAGGAGUCUGUGUUCAUGAGGCUCAACAACCGAAUCAAGGCCCUGGAGAUGAACAUGUCGCUGAGCGGACGCUACCUAGAGCAACUCAGCCAGAGGUACCGAAGGCAGAUGGAAGAGAUGCAGAGGGCUUUCAACCAAACCAUCAUCAAACUGCAGAACACAUCCAGGAAGGCAGAGGAGCAGGACCAGAGACAGACAGAGUCCAUCCAUUCGUUGCAGGGCCAACUGGAGGACGUCACACAGCUGGUGCUCAACCUGUCUGUGAGAGUCAGCCAGCUGCAGAGCCAGGUGACAGACAGGCAGAGUUACCUCCUGCUGUGCCUGGUGUUGUGUUUGAUCCUGGGCCUUCUGCUGUGUUUCCAGCACUGUCGCAUGGCUGCCAUGCAGCCUCCCUCCACAGACCCUCCUAUAACCUACAGCUACUGCUCCCCAGAGAGGCGGUUCUCUGAAUAUGAAGACAUGAGCUUGAAGAGACGAGCCUCAUAUCCUCUCCUGCACUCUGAUUCCUUCCAGUUACCUACCACUGAAGGUGCAGAGUCACUGCAAACUGUUGAACCAAUCAAUUUUCCACCAGCUAAUAAAAAGAAACGCAGUAAGAUGAAGACCGUGGAGACCCUGAAGAGCACUGCUUUCUGUUCUCCUUUGCUUGCUAACCGAGCACCCAUAUAUAACAGCCGUGGCACCAUAGACCCUCUACCCCGCACGGGGCAUCUCCGCCACCCUGCCUUCAGGGACCCCCCCUCUGAGGGCAGCUCUGAGGGCUCCUCCCAGUCAGAAGAGCCCUCCUUCUGUGGCCUCGCUCCUGCCACCUGCACGCGCCUCUGUGACGGCCUGCCCCCGCCCAGGAGCAGGGCAGAGAAGCUGGCUUUCAAGCCUGGGCGCGUGGAUCUCCUGCAGGGCCCGCGGAGAGACAGUAGCGAAGCUACACCCACCAUCCUUACCCUGCAGGACCUCAUCGGGGGGGAAAAAGAGCUAGCUGCAGGGAGGCUGGGAGUGAUGGCGCUCUGAGGUCCCAUCUGACACAGACUGCUCCUCCUUCAGACUCUGGAACACUCAUCCUCUGAAUGGAGGGUUGUUGUUAUCUCUGUAUACAUAGGAGGCUUUAGGCUAGUACACAAAUGAGACAAUCCCUCUUCUUCCACCUCCUAACCAGCAUGUUAUGUUCUGUCCAUGUUCUCUGUCAAACCUUUUGUCAGGCUCUUUGUUAUGAGGUUAAUAAUGACAACCUUAAAAGAUAAGUUCACUUUUUUUUAAACCAAAUCUGUAUUUUGGAUGUAAAUGGCAUGUUCUAGAAUAAAACAUGAACAAAAGCCAAAAAAAUCACCCAAAUAAGUCAUAUUAGAAACGCAACUUCUGAAAUUGUCUUUCCAAACUUUAUAUGCAAUGUUAUAUUUAAUUUUGUGCGACUCAAGCAGUUUCCCCGAUCCAUCUGUGCUUAUUUUCCGUGUAGCCCGAGCAUGCGCACCCAGAAAAGUAUCAUGGGCUACACGGAGAAAUAUCGCUCGAGUCGCACAAUAUGAAAUAUGUUUCCAAUAAAGUUUGGUGUGACAAAAGGUAUUGUGUACAACAUCUAAAGACCUGCAUCACUAUAGUGAGAGCGUUGCCAUUUCUAAAAGGAUGUAUUUGGGUGAUUUUAGAGCUUUUGUUUGACUUUAUCCCGGCCCUGGCACUGCAGAAUGAGCAGGAGGAAGUCUAUCUCUGGUUGGGGUAAGUUUAUCAAAAACAAGGGAAAUCGCAAAAGAAUAAUGUCUGGGCACUUCUAUAACAUCCCAUUUACGUUGAAAAUACAGAUUUGGUAAAGAAGUUCUCCUUUAAAGGUGCACAAUGUAACAAUCAAAACUACAAAUAAUAGCCAAUGUCAAGGAUGGGCUAAAGGAAUACAAUUCCAUGAAAGGAAAAUCUAAGUUAGAAUUUGCUUUUACUAGUGGGUUGCUGGUCUAGCCAUGUUCAUUUCAUAGAAACAGCAGGUUUUUCCUGUUUCAAGAAUGGUUCUCAUUUUCUGAAGUUGAAAACAAUUUCUUAUAUUAGGGAUAAAUGGGCCCUAUCAAAGCUAUUUGACCACAGUAAAAGUGCAGCAACACCUGCUAUGACCUAGCUUUUUGUUAGAACUUGUUUUGUAAUUUAUGGACGAGUGAGUAGAUUGUACCAUGGUUGGACACCUGCAAUUUCAUGCAAAUGUCACUUAAAUAUAAAUUGUUAAUAUAUUUAUCAUAUCAUGAAUAAAUGCAGGUUGAGACUUUUCUACUAUUACGUUGGGGACUUUUAUUUAGACAUUUCCCCCAAAAUGCUGUGACCCGGAAGUGACAUUUUAAUCUGGGUGACAGAGACGGAAGUGAGAUGGCCCACUCCCUCAUUUUUUGGGGUUACAUUACAGUCAAUGAACUAAGCAGGCCAGACCCCACUCCUAUUGCAUUGGGGUCUAUGGGAGAACCACCCUGCAGAACGGAUUUAUUUUAAUUUUGUUCAAUUGUAAGCAGCCUGAGUGAACUCUUAAUUUAUCCACCAUCUUUGGCUAACAAGAAGCCUGGGAUCACAUGUGUUGUUUACAGAGCUAGCUAGUCUAGUACUGCGCAAAAGAACUUGACUGCAGCUGGGUUUUCUUCAGCCAGCAGGCCGGUAACAUUUCAGUGUGUAGUACCUGGAUGCCACAGUAGAAAUGUGACCAUCGUUUUCCCAAAAAUGAAGAGCUCAGACAUUAGUGGGUGGAUGGACAAGUUGCACCUUUAUAGAACAAAAAUAUAAACGCAGCAUGUAAAGUGUUGGGCCCAUGUUUCAUGAGCUGAAAUAAAAGAUCCCAGAAUUUUUCCAAA